GGGCUGCUAAGCACGAAGUGGCAGCAUCGAAUCCCGUCCACGGCGGCCGCAUUUCGAUGGGGGCGAAAUGCGAAAACACCCGUCUACUUAGAUUUAGAUGCGCGUUGAAGAACACUGGGUGGUCCAAAUUUCAGGAGUCCCCCACUACGGCUUGCCUCAUAAUCAUAUCGUGGUUUUGGCACGUAGAAUCCCACAAUUAAACGAAGAAAAAAAAACACGCAUGGUUUCCGGGCAGUCAAAAAUGUCUACUCCUUCAGACUAUCUGUUAUGCACCGAGCCAACAACCUUCACGGAUGUCACAUUCCCUCAGCCACGCACACUUGAAGCCGAGAGAGCCAUCCUUAGUGGUACCCAGAACCCAGCUGAUCUUCUACGGCGCAAAAAGAUUCUACGAGAACUACUGUUUCGCUAUCUUUGGAGUGAAAGCGUCUUUGUGGCGCCUGCACUGGCCAAGUCUGAUCUCAUCAAUGCAUGCCUACAGCACUGGCAGGAAGAUAAUGCACUCAAGUCUGGCCAGUUUCCAUCGAACAGCACUGAAAAGGAUGGCAAGACAUCGGAGGCCAGCUUCCAGGAGAAGCUGGGCACGGAGUUCACCAACUGGUUCUUUGCACAGCUGAAUUCAGAAGGGGAGAAAUUGGGCCAUCAGCACUUUUUUCCUAACUGCCACCUCAGAGUGCAGUGCUUUGAGAGGCUUGCUGGGCGGGAGAACCCGCCUCGUGUUCUCUCAAUCCGUGGCUCGGAGCCGGCCUCACGAUUUCUGUGGCAGCUGGCUGGAGGUGCACGCCGCAUGUUCCAUCCCAAUGUGCGCUCAGUCAAGUGCGAAGUGGAGGAUCAUGGACUGGCGCGCAUCAGCGUGACUGGUGUCGUGCACGAAUACAACAGCUGCAUGGGACUCUUCGAGUGCGGCUUUGGGCUGGUGCGUGACCCCAACGCGACAGCCACCGAGAGUGACGUCUGGAAGCUGCAGUUUGUAGAGGUGGUUCUCAGGGUCUCACGCAUCGGCUUUGUCACGGCUGCAGUGCUUUCGACUGGCGAAGAUGACAUCACCAUGGAGCUGGAGUGUACUUGAGGGCCAGCCCCGCUGUUCUUCCCUAAAUGUCAUCCUGUACCUUCUUUUCCUUUCACUCCCUCCUAUCCCGGUUCGUAUGUAGUUGCCUCUCAGCAUUAGGGUAGUACUGAAACUACUAGCCUGUCAGCCACAUGGUUCUCAUGAUUGUUCUGUAAAGUGACAGCCUAGCAGGAGUAUGCGUGGGAUUCAGAGACAGUAGAUAUGGCUUAGUGCACGGAAAAUAGCUAAAUGCUGUUUGGGAACAAAUGAAUUGAAUAUGAACAAGUGAGAGAGGGUCACAAGUGCCCACGGGCUUGCAAGAGCACUCCUAGGCCAUACUGCAAUUUAUCCGAUUUCCUGAGUCUGCCGUCUCACUUCUCUGCUACAUGAACACUGUCACACAUUUAUGUUAUCUUUUUGCCAUGGCGGAUGCAAUGCUGUGCUGUUGUGAAGUAUUUCCACUGGGCGAAAGCCAGCCACCCUUCUGCAAAUAAUGUUCUUGUAAUUGAAGAAUGAUUGCCCUGUAGCAUUCAGAAAGUAAGUGAAAGUUCCUAGUUCCUGGCAUGACGAGCAAGCAUCAAACAUGCUAGUCUUUCAAGGCUAAAAAGAGGAUAAUAUCUUGAUGCACUGCACCAGUAUCACCUUUUUACUGGCUUAUUAUCUGCAAGCGCAGUGUGCUACCACUCAAACAGUUAUGCAAGUAGAUUUUUGUGUGGACUCUGGUGGAAGCUGUUUAACUUUGUAAUGCAUUGAGUAUGUGUCUGUUGCAAUGCACACAACAAAAUAACUAGGCAUAUCCAGUAAUGUGGCACCAUUUAUUGCAUUUAUUGCAGAGACUGGUCGCAAAUGCUUGACUUCAUAUUGUUCAGCUUAUGCUUGUAUUGCUGAUUUGUAUCUGUAUUUGCCUGUUUUCUGUGUAUCACAUUAUAUGCCCCUAAUAGUAGAAAAUUUGCCUGCCUCAUAUAUAUAUAUAUAAACAUAAUUCUAAAGCUGUUGUGGUAUUGUCUUAUGAUGCAUAUCUGCAGUAAUGAGUUGAUUUCAGGGUCAAUGUAUGGCAGCCCCUUGAAGAUCAGGUUGCCUUUUAUGACAAAUUAGUAGCAUUGCCAACACUUUUUGUUUAUGUGAAUGGCAUAACCAGUCGUGUUCUUGUUCACUAAUUGUUGGUGUACUAACUUGAUAGUUGCAGCAAAACAUAAUCGUACAAUGUUACAAACCACAUAGGUAUGUAUCUGUUGUGACAUGCUGCAGCUGUGUGAAUUGGAUUUAAGACAACAACAUAAUGCAUUGUAACAAACCACAUAGGCAUGUAUCUGUAGUGGCAUGCUGCAGUUGUGUGAAUUGGAUUUAAGACAACUGAAGCCCAAGGAAUGCCACUCCAUUCAAUGCCCUGUUAGAAGCUGCUGGUAAAAACAAAAGCAUUUUCCCCAUGAUGCAAACAGUAGUGAUCGCUCGUAUUUUCCCUUAAAGGUACUCGAGUAUAGGCGCUGUUUUGUAGAUCUCAAAACUAAGCAUUGUCAUGCAUGUUCUUGUUAGCUUAUGUCAUGCACCCUAUAAUGAUGAGCUUUGUUGUAAUGCUCACAAUUAAUGAGGUAUAUACUUCCAUAUUCAUCUUUGUGUUUACGGUUUGUACCUUCUUUUGUGCCACUGUGUAGUGAGUCCACAUUGUACGAAUAAAAUGUGCAGCAAGCUGUCUGCAGAAGCAGCAAAA